CGGCAGCUUCAUCAGGCAGACGGAGCAGGAGAAGGAGCGACUGGAGCAAGUCUCGUCUCAGCCUCAUGCUUCUUCCUGGGGACUUCUGCUCCCUCUGUCCGCUUCCGAGGCUGUCGUAACAAAAAUAUUUUUAAUAACUUUUUUUUUUAAAUUUAGUAGCAAAAUAAGUAGGGAAAUUGGCGGAAGAAGCUGCCCGAGCCAUGGAGCUUUAUUGCCUGGAGUCGGACAUAACCGUGAAAGCCCAGCGUGACCCAAACAUCCUUUAUGAUGAUAGAGUGUUGCCAAGUUUAUUAACAAUUGAGGAUAGAUUUUUACCACAAUGCUCAUAUUUUCAGCGUGUUCAGAAGGAUAUUCAACCUUAUAUGAGACGAAUGGUUGCGGGGUGGAUGCAUGAGGUGUGUGAGGAGGAGAACAGUAAUGAAGACGUUUUCCCUUUAGCCAUYAAUUAUUUGGAUAGAGUUUUAGCAGUGAUGCCCACAAGAAAAAGUUAUUUGCAGCUUCUGGCAGCCGUGUGCAUGUUCCUGGCCUCCAAGUUAAAGGACUGCAGGCCCAUAUCAGCAGAGAAACUCUGCAUGUACACAGACAACUCCAUCACAGCACGAGAUCUGCUGGAGUGGGAGCUUGUGGUGCUUGGGAAGUUGAAGUGGAACAUUGCCUCGGUUAUCCCCAACGAUUUUAUAGAGCAGAUCAUGCCCAGGCUGCCCCUUCCCAAAGACAAGCUGGCGAUGGUCCGCAAACACACGCUGACGUUCAUUGCCCUUUGUGCCACAGAUGACCGUCUUGCCAUGAACCCUCCCUCUAUGAUCGCCACGGGCAGCAUGGGAGCGGCGGUUUGCGGUCUGCAGCUGGACCACAGCGACCAAAGACUCAGCCGAGACAACCUGACAGACCUGCUGGCCAAGAUCACCAACACUGAAGUGGACUGUCUGAGGGCAUGCCAGGAGCAAAUAGAGCGUGUGUUGGCCUCCAGCCUGCAGCAGGGCCAGCAGUACCGGCAGGAAAGUGGCAUCAGAGCCGGCAGCAAGGCAAGGGAGCAGCAGGACCAGUCCAGCACCCCGACAGACGUGCGCGACGUCAACUUAUGAGCUCUCGUCGUUGCCAGCGCUCCACAGCACUCGCACCCGCCGACCAAAGAACUGAUGAGUAAAAGAGGGGCACAAGCUGCCAGUAUCCAUAUUAAGUUGCCCCCUCGAGUGAUGGUGUGACAAUCUAUGAACUUUUAGAUAUUAAGAAAUUUCUAGUUUUUCACCUUUUUUGACCCCAUUUACGCCUUGUUUUUAUGGCGCGUUUUCACCUUUUUGUACAGAUCACAUGUAAUCAAACUAUUUAAAAACAAAAGAUGGUUAAUCCUUGAAAACUUAGGUUCCUUGAGAGGGAACCUAAAAUAUUUUCAUACUUGAAAAAGAAAAAAAACACAUAUGAAAUAUUCUUUUUUUGAUAAAUAAUUAAAUGGUAUAUAUUUAGCUAGCUUUUUUUAUUAUUAAUUAAUAUCUAGUAAGCAGUUACCUUUUCCUUCGGUUUUCUUCAUGUGAAAAUCCACACAGCAAUAAUUUAAUUUAGUGUAUAGCAUUCAAACCAAACUGAUAUCCAACUAGAGGAUGCUUUACUAUUUAUGAGGAAGAGUGGCGGCUCGGAGAGGGCUGGGCCCGCUCACAGCAGGAGUCUGAGAUGUAAAGCAGUGGCUGUUUUUAAAACCUAUGGAUUCCCUGCCAUCUUCAGACCGGAAAGGUAAAAGAACCGUGUUGUUUUUUUUAUUCUUUUUUAUUAUUAUCAUUAUUAUUAUUAUUAUUAAUCAGAGCUACAUUGUUCUGUUUUAGUGUGGCUCGUACAAGUUGGAGCACAGUUCAUUAGUUGUUUUAUUAUUUGGAAGGGAUUUUAGCUUUAGCCUGGUAUUGUUGAGGUUACAAUGAGUUCUAGCAAGUUUUCACAAGGUUUUAGAGAAAACAGAAGCAGUUUAGAAGGUUUCUGGAAGUGUUUCGAAACAAAGCGUGUGGAAAGUGGUUGAAAAAAAAAAGUGGAAAGCUCGGUUUGAUUGCAAACGGCAACGAGGAAGGUAACUUUAAGCUUUAAGUUUGUGCCUUUGCACCAUACAGGAUUGAUAAGAAGAGAAAUGAUCCCUGAUGAUCUUCAGGAUUUGGGUGUUUUUGCAAAUUCUCUUUAAAAAUAAAUGAUACCAUGGAGCUAGUAGUGAAGAGGGCGACAUGGCAAAAUGAUGCACUUUUAAAACACACUCCUUAAGAUUGGUAAGGGGUUGAUGGUUGAUUUAAAACAAAUCAGUUUUUAGUUAUUUGAAGGGGGUGUUUUUCUAGCUUUUUCUUUUUAAGUUAURUUUUUUUCUGGGCUGGAUUCCCAUGGGGUGAUGAUGCGUGUUGUCUCAAAAGCUCUGCCUCGACUGGUGACUAGUCAUAGGAUUGGCGUAAUUGUAUGUCAUAUAAACUAAGGCAAAGCAAGCCACUUGUAGACUUCAGUGUGUUUUAUUUAACCCUAAACUUGAAUUUUA